AUGCGACUUUCAGCCCUGGUUCCCAGCAUAUCUGCUGACUCGGUCAAAGUUUUAGAAGGAGCUGGCAUCCGGACGGACACAGACCUUCUCUUCACUCCUACAUCUGAGAUCUACAAACGACUUCCUCGGGGUUCCAUAAGCCUCCAAGAGCUUGCUCGCCUCUGUACAGCAGUGACAGAACUCACCUCUGCCAACCCAGUAAUUGGAAUCGACGCUCUACAACGAGAAGAAGCGCGUCUUGCACGCGAUACCAACCUUGAGCUUGCUGUUGGAAAUGAAGCAAUCGAUAACUUUCUGCGCGGUCUGGGGGGACGGAAAGUCAUAGAAAUAUCAGGCAACCGCGCUUCAGGGAAAACAGCCCUUGCCCUGAACCUCGUUCUCAACCAUCUUUCGCACCACCCGAACGACAAGGCAGCCUGGAUAGACGUUUUGGGCGACUUCUCUCCGGCCAAUGCGUCCGCUAUCCUCCAAGGCAGCGGGAGUACCAGCCCACAAUCGGUGCUAGAGCGUCUCCUCGUAUCUUUGGCGUUCGAUCUAGAAACGCUUCAUGCUAUACUCGACGAGCUGUUUGUUCCCGGCUCCACAGGCCAACUCAAGUACCUCGUCAUCGAUUCAAUCACUCCCCUGCUCGGGCCUUUCCUGACUGGGAUUACUGCUCACGGACACGCCAUGAUGACCGACUUCAUGAGACGACUACGGUGUAUCUCGUCAUCUGACGGGGUGACAGUACUUGUGGUCAACAGCGCGACCUUGAAACAGGGUGUAGAUGGCACCAUUCCCUCAGGCCAAAUUGAACGAAAACCCGCUCUGGGACCUAGUUUCACGUUCAUGACCGAUACUACGCUUUGGCUCUCAGAAAUGAAAGUGCAGGCCACCGACGAGCCCGUCGAUGCAUCCAUAGAAUCCGUCUCGUCGCUCAAGAUACUUAACUCUCGAAAUACAGUGUCGCUCUUCCCUUUCGCAUCUCGGGCGGAACCAUUCUUCCAGUGA